CUGGAGUUGUGAGGCUGGCUUCUGUCUCACCAUGUCAAACGAAGUAGAAACUGCAAGUGUGAACAGUCAGCCUGCCCAGCAGCAGGCGCCCUUGAAAACACAACCGUCCAAAAAGGAGAAAAAGAAAGGGUCAGAGAAGACAGAUGAAUUCCUCUUGGCCAGAUUUCAAGGAGAUGGUGUAAGAUACAAGGCCAAACUGAUCGGCGUUGACGAUGUUCCAGAAGCAAGAGGAGAUAAGAUGAGCCAGGAUUCAAUGAUGAAGCUGAAGGGAAUGGCAGUAGCAGCCCGUUCUCAGGGACAGCACAAGCAGAAAAUAUGGGUGAACAUCUCCCUUGCUGGGAUCAAGAUCAUAGACGAGAAGACCGGGGUUAUUGAGCACGAGCAUCCAGUCAACAAAAUCUCCUUUAUUGCUCGGGACGUGACAGACAAUCGUGCCUUCGGCUAUGUCUGUGGAGGAGAAGGGCAGCAUCAGUUUUUUGCCAUCAAAACAGCACAGCAGGCUGAGCCUCUAGUUGUAGAUCUGAAGGAUCUCUUCCAGGUAAUCUAUAAUACAAAGAAAAAGGAAGAAGAGGACAAGAGAAAGAAUGAAGAAUCUAAUAAGACAGCAGAGAAUGGCACUGAUGACUCAACUGAUCAAGUUGGCAAAAUAAAGCUGGGUGUCGAUCAGAUGGAUCUAUUUGGAGACAUGUCAACUCCUCCUGACCUGAACACUCCCACAGAGGAGGAUAAAGAGGUCCUGUUAGUGGAUUUAAAUGCUGAAAUUGAGGCCCCUCCAGCUUCUGUCAAAGAGGAUGAUCUUUUCUUGAAUGACAUCACGCCUUCCCUGUCACAGCCAAAACCACCGCCACCCUUCUUGCCUGAAAACGCUUUCUCUGCAAACCUCAGCUUUUUUCCUACUCCCAACCCCGACCCUUUCCGUGACGAUCCUUUCACGCAACCUGACCAAUCGGCACACCUCCCUCUUGAUUCCUUAAAACCUUCCAAUCAGAAGAUGGCGAGCACAGCUGUCAGCGGUGGUAUGAAUGGUGACGUAGACUACUUUGGGAAACAGUUCGACCAGAUUUCCAACCGAACUGGCAAGCAGGAUUUACAGGCCGGCCAGUGGGGGCUGGAGAGUCAGCCAGCUCAGCUAGCAACGAGGACUCCCAACGGGGUGCCAGAGAGAGAACAGAAUGGCUUCAUUGCCCAAUCCCCACCAAACGCGUUCACAGAGAGCCCUUCCAGAGGAUUACCUUUGCAAAAUGGAUUACGGCUAGACUCCGACAGCGGCAUCCAGUUGGCAGCUCAUGACUCGAUAACCAUUAGCCCACCUCCACAAAGUACCAAGCCGGGAAGAGGAAGGAGGACUGUUAAGAGUCCAUCUAAUGACUUAUUUGGAUCAGACAUUUUUGCUCCUGGCAUUCCCACAGCGAGCCCCUUGACUACUACUACAGUCCAGCCAGCACCUGUGCAAACCAGCCCUCUGGACCUCUUCAAAUCUAGUGCUCCUGCAGUAGCUCCUUUGUCUGGACUAGGUGGCUUGCCUACAGCGACUUCCCCAACGCCAGCAUGGGGGCCCUCAUCUGCUGUCUUCAGCCAGCCCACUUCAGUAUUUCCGGGAUCUGUUCUGGGUGCUCAGCCAGCAAGCUUUCCCCAACCUCUGGGAUUCGGUGCUACUCCACAAGUUCCUAGCUGGAAUCAGUCGGCAUCCCUAGGAACCCCAGCCCAGCCUCCGGCUCCUGAUCUCUGGGGUCAGCCGGCACGUAUUUCUCCUCCAAAUGCUUGGGCGCAGCCGUCCUCCACGGGAAACCCUUUCCAGGCCAGCAUGUUUCCGCUUGCUGCCCAGCCCCCAUCGAUGCUGUCUUCCAUGUCUUCAACCAGCCCUCCUCCUCAGCUGCCUCCCAGAACUGCGCCUCCGAAGGAGCCAGCCAAGAAGGAAAGCGAUGCCUUCACAGCCCUGGAUCCUCUUGGAGACAAAGAGAUAAAGGACGUAAGAGAGAUGUUCAAAGACUUCCAGCUGACGAAGCCGCCUGCUGUGCCUGCCAGGAGGGCGGAGCAGCAACAAGGUCUGUCUGAUGCCUCUGGAGCCUUUGCCAGUUACUUCACUAACCAAGUAGGGGUUCCUCAAGACGUGGCUGACCAUGAUGACUAUGAAGCUAGUCAGCUGUCUGCUAAAAUCAGCGUGCCACCAAAGCCUGCUCCCAGACAAACCACUGCACCCCUUAAAAACCCUGCCGAGGACCUGUUUGAAAACCCUUUCAAGAUGGACCCUUUUGGUGGUCCCUCACUAAAUUCAGCUGCAGUUCAACCUUCUGCUUUAUUUGGGGAUCCUUUUGGAAAUCCAUUUGUAUAGACUUGAAGCAAGUAUUACUGGA